GAUUUGCCAUUAAAAAAAAGAGCGAGAAAGAAGGAGAAAAGCACACUCCCGCUAAAACACACACUGACAAACACAAACAGAAGUGUAAAAGAAGAGACCGAGUGGAUUCGUACUAUUCUCUGGAUUUAGUGGUUGGGGGGAAGAAGUUUCUUUCCCCAAAACCAAACUGUUGUAUUAGAUUUGCAGACUCACAGAGACGAUGCCUUUCUUUUGCCUAGUCUCAAAAACCGCUCAGUGGAUUUGAUUGCCGCUCAGAUUAUUUUCUGCAAAUUAUUCCAACGGGAGGGAUUGAGAGACUGAGCCAGAGGAUGCUCCCACAGGUCAUAAGGAUUCUAUAUGUCUUGUCUUUUUGCUUUUUUCAAGGAGGCUUUAUCAGACCGGGCUCCUGUAAGGAGGAGAUAAAGUCCUCUAGUAGGACAGUCCCCUCCUCGCAGUCCCCGUCUGACUUCCUGGACAAGCUCAUGGGGAAAAGGUCUGGCUAUGACGCCCGCAUCAGACCCAACUUCAAAGGUCCGCCUGUGAAUGUCACCUGCAAUAUUUUCAUCAACAGCUUUGGGUCCAUCACGGAAACUACUAUGGACUACAGGCUCAAUGUGUUCCUACGGCAAAAGUGGAACGAUCCCCGUUUGGCUUACCAGGAGUACCCAGACGACUCCUUGGACCUGGAUCCUUCCAUGUUGGACUCCAUCUGGAAGCCUGACCUUUUCUUCGCUAACGAGAAGGGGGCUAACUUUCACGAGGUCACCACCGACAACAAACUGCUGCGGAUCUUCCAAGAUGGGAGUGUACUGUAUAGCAUCAGGCUGACUCUCAUCCUGUCCUGCCCUAUGGACUUGAAGAAUUUCCCCAUGGAUAUUCAGACCUGUACCAUGCAGCUUGAAAGCUUUGGGUAUACCAUGAAUGAUCUGAUCUUCGAGUGGUUGGCCGAGAACCCGGUGCAGGUGGCUGAUGAUCUGACGCUCCCACAGUUUGUGCUGAAAGAUGAGCAGGAUCUAGGCUACUGCACCAAGCACUACAACACAGGUAAAUUCACCUGCAUCGAGGUUAAGUUCCACCUGGAGAGACAGAUGGGCUAUUACCUGAUCCAGAUGUACAUCCCCAGCCUGCUCAUUGUCAUCCUGUCCUGGGUCUCCUUCUGGAUCAACAUGGAUGCUGCACCGGCUAGAGUGGGCCUAGGCAUCACCACCGUGCUCACUAUGACCACCCAGAGCUCCGGGUCCCGGGCCUCUCUACCCAAGGUGUCCUACGUGAAGGCCAUUGACAUCUGGAUGGCCGUGUGCUUGCUGUUCGUGUUCGCCGCACUGCUCGAGUACGCAGCAGUCAACUUUGUCUCACGGCAACAUAAGGAGUUCAUCAGACUGAGGAAGAAGCAGCGGCGGCAGAGAAUAGCCAUGGCCUUGGCCAAUCAACCGGGGAGUGUAGAGUCACUGAGGAAAGUGAACGACCUGCCUAGCAACAGCACAACCAGCACCAGCUACCACGGGAACCUGAAUCAGCACUGCAGCGCCUGUGCCAGGGAAGAAGAACUGGCGAGAGACAGCCGUGGGUUUUACUUCCGCGGCUACGGACUGGGUCACUGCCUACAGACCAAGGACGGAACAACUGUGGAGGGGGCAACGGUCUUCACCCCGCCACCCCCAGCGGUGUCCACUGUUUAUGAUGGCGAAGCGGUCCGCAAGCGCUUCGUGGACCGGGCCAAGCGCAUCGACACGAUAUCCAGGGCCGUCUUCCCUCUGAGCUUCCUCUUCUUCAACAUUUUCUACUGGAUCACCUACAAAGUGCUGCGACACGAAGACAUCCAUGCAAACUUGUAAUACGCUCUCUGCUCUAAUCCCCACAACUUCCUCAUUGUUUCAUGCUACAUUUCAGUUUUUCCUCUUUUAACCAAAACUGCCUGCAAGAUAUACAUUAAAAAAGGAGGGUUAAGUGUUUCAGAGGCAUAUGCUUCAUAACCAUUGAUCCUAAAAACUCUGCUAAGGUAGGUCUUCAGAAUCUCAGAGCGAGACCAUGUGAGCAGAGAAUGAAGUGAAGAUAUGGAUUUAAACUGGUGUUAGAUUGCAGUUUGUUUUUUGCGUUCUCUUUUAUCUUACUCCUCUUGUUUUGACUGGAUUACAACAGAUGCUACAGACGCUAGACUAGAGACAUAACAAUGCUAGUCUUUGAACUUCUGCCUGAACUCUGAAGUCUUGGUCUUUGCCUUUAGCCAUAUUCCAAAGUGAAUAUUGAUUGUAGCUGGAUGGAAAAUGCUGACUUGAAUUUUAACACUCAAUGCAUCUUUGAAUGAAUGUUUUUAAAAAAUAACAAUAAAAAAAGGCUUUUUUACAACUUUA